AUGGAGUCCAGACAGACAGAACUUUGGGUCGUGCUGUUUGUUACCUUUGCCGCUGCCGUAAUCAUCACAAUACUUCGUCUGCUGAGUCGAAGACUCAAGAGGGUUCCACUCUCGUGGGAUGAUUACUUUGCACUCUGCGGGUUUGGCGUUUCGAUUGGUUGGAUAAUCAUUAUUCCCUACUGGGUCAACCACGGCCUCGGACUCCACAUCGCCGAUAUAGUUGCUACCAAGGACGUAACGUUGGAAGAUGCGUUAUUCGAAGGAGAACUACUGCUCUUCAUCGCCGAGCUUUUCUACGCCUUCGGUCUGUUCCUCGCCAAAGUUUCCAUCUUGAGUCUGUACUGGCGCAUGUUCAGCGUCACGAAUAUCAGACUUCCGAUUCAAAUUCUAUUUGCAUGUUCUUUAGUUUGGAUUAUCUUCCGAACUUUUAUGGGUAUCUUUCACUGCGUUCCUGUCGAGGCAUUCUGGGAUUCCAAUGCCGCCGGGUACUGUGCCAUUGAGGACAAGAAGUUCUUCUUUGGUACUACUCUGGUCCACGCUGUCAUCGACAUUGCUAUUUUGAUCUUGCCUAUGUGGCAGAUUUCACAGCUACAGCUGCCCAUGCUGCAAAAGGGUGGCAUUAUGGUCAUGUUUACUUUUGGCUUUUUCAUUUGUGCGGCCGCUAUCAGGUUGAUUGUGGCCGCUAGAGUGUUCGACGGUACAUCGCCCGAUCUGACGUGGAACAUCUGCGAUAUUGUGAUUUGGGCAACAGUGGAGGUCAACCUGAUCAAUGUUUCUGCUUCGCUUCCUACGAUUCGACCGGCCUGCAUGUACAUCUUUACCUGCACACACCCACGAACACGGACCGAAGCCAGCUUAGGCAGUUACCCAAACACCUACGGUCGAAGCCAAACCAAGCGGUCAAUCCGGCUCGACCCCAUCGGUAAGUCAUCCCUCAACGAUGAAUCCAGCUCGACACACCAUCUCGCCGACUUAGACGACGGCGGUGGUCGCUGCUCAGUAUCCGACUUUGAAAGUCACGCAUUCCAUCGUCUGCGACCGGCCGGCAACAAGUAUACUUCGACUGUUACAUGA